GGGACGGAAGUGGCACCCGACUCUCCAGCGAGAUGCUGGUCUUAAUGCUGAUGGCAGCGGGGACCUUGCGGUUCUGCGCGGUGACCAGAGCCCAGGAGCUGUGCCGUACUCGUAUGGUGAGGACAGGAAAGGUGUUCCACACCGGACAUCAAAUUCAAGGGGACCGUCUGUACUUUUCAUCUAUGACAGCACGGUUGAUCAGACAUCCUUGCAAGAAAAACCUAGCCCUGUAUUUAGGACAACAGGUUUUUUUGACAAGAGAUAACUUUGAGAGUAGUGUCAUUCCGUUUUCCAUCCCUACAUCAAUGAAGGUCGGCACACCAGAGCUAACAGCAGCACAUUUUGCGGGUUCAGUAUUACUGUUUAUCAUCAACCGAAAAGUCUAUGUCUAUGAUUAUGAAACCGAUUCCUGGAAUGCAUCUAUAGGCAUAGAACACCCCGUUUCACAUAUGUCCGGUGAUAAUUGUUGUUACAGUGGGAGUCCCUCCUGCCUGGAUAUAAGCAAAUCAGUUUUUGCUUAUUUGCUUGGAGAUCAGCUAUCUCAGGCCAAUGUGUAUUUCUCGGAUACCCAGGGAUACAGCUUUCAGAAGUUUGCACACAAAAGACAGGCAGAACCGGACGGGACCUUGGGUGGCAUCUUCUACUUCCACUCCUUGUCACAGGUUGGGACGCUGCUCGUCAAUCAUGGGCAGGCCAAGUUCAGCUACUCGGACCACCCCCUGAACCUCACCUUUGUGCUGCCCUUUAACUACAGUGAGCCGCUGGAGGUCCUCAUCGUGCCCGGACAGAGAGGCUUUCUCAUCUUCUGGUUUGAGAAGAGCCUCUUGGUUUCCGUAAACGAAGGUCAGCUUGUCAAACCCGUUGUGGUGCAGAAAGGACGCCGCACAUUGUAUUCUUCCAUUUCUGAGGCCAACAUCAGCAUCCGCGGCGUGGCUGCCAACACACAUCAGCUGGCAGUUCUAACGCGGGAGAACACUGUGUAUUACGGUAACCUGGGAUACCUGUCCAAUUCCCUGAUCAAAUUUCCGAAGGGACACAUCUGGUCCCAGGAGGCAGCCCUGAUGUUCACGGACGUGGGGAUGCUGGAAAUACUGACCCCGGUGCCCGAUCCGGUGUUUCCAGCUUUUGAUUUCCAGAGGUGCCUCGUGAAUGUUCAGGCGAGUCUCAUGGACCUGCAUGUCGACGACUGCAAGGUAGAGCUUCUGGAAGGAGACUUUGCAGACAAAAUGUAUACCGUUGACAUGUACGGCACAUUGGAGCUGACAGCGCUGAUGGUACCCAAGGCAGGCACGUCACCAGUGCCGCUGCCAAUGCUGAGCAACCCCCACUCCCUGGGGAUACACGACGCCAUCAUGUAUGAGGACGGCUACAGGUACGACGGGAGGACCAUGCACAGAAUGAACAUUUCCCUGAGGCAGCAGCAGUUCUGCGGCAGGGCUGACGCCAACUUCACUUCCGACAUAAAAAGACCCACAAUGUCCACCAUCUCUCUGGACAUAGACGACAAGGAAAUUUCCUGUGUGGACCUCAAGCCACUGACGGCGCUCAUCUCAGUCGGCUGCGACCAUGAGAAAGAGAUCGUCGUCCGGAAGGAGGUCUCGGCCUGCUACAAGGGCAUUCUAGACAUCAUGGCCCUGAGUGACAAUUACAGCUACGUCAUUGAGAGGGACGCCUACGACCCCAACUUCAGGGGGCAGAAGGCCACUAAGGACCAGGUGGUGCACUACCCGUACGACAGGCUGGGCUGCCCCGACCUCGUCUACUACGACAACCCAUGGAAGCCUGUGGUGGAGAUGUGGCGGAAAGGAAAGUUCCAGGAGGUGGUCCACACGGAGUACGUCCUGCAGGAGGUGAACGGGCUGUUCACGUACACGUACUCCCUGAGCGCCCGCAGCGCGCUCUGCAGGGCGCAGCCGCAGAACUGGACCACCGUCAUGGAGCCCGCGGGCGGCGAGGGGCGCUCGGCCUGGCACCGGGAGAACUACGUGAGCUGCCACGACGCCAACAACCACGCCCCCGUGAGGUGGCCGGAUGUCCCGUACCAGAUCCUGGGAGGCCCGACUGCAAACAAGGUCCUUUUUGACGAACGGAACGGGAUAUACAUCUUUCGCAUUUCCAUCGUGGAUCCCUUCUACAGCUACUGUCGCCUGGAGACCACCUUCAGUGUCUAUGUCUAUGGGGCCCUCCCACCCUCCAUCAUCCCAGUUGAGAUCUCCAUCGUCCUGCUCACGGCAACCAUCCUGCUGGGCACGUGGCUGUCCUACGUAGUGCCCACACUGCUGCACACUGGGAAGGGCCUCCGGUUCAAGAGGUUCUGGACCAGUCUGUACAGGAGGUACAGAAACUCCUGGGCGCGUUUAUGGGGCAGGCGCUGAGUGUGCACCGGAGGGGUCCAGCGUUGCCUUAAAAUAAAGUGUUAACAAAGCA